AUGAAGUCUUAUUCUUCUAUUCCCUUUCACCUACUAUCUUUCUUUUCCCUUUUCUUGACGCUUUCUCUAGCGCUUCCCCAUGAUGCACAUCAGUAUGGGAGUCGUACAAGCGUAGCGCGUUCUGCAGAACUUGAUGUCCAUGCUGGAGUUGGGAAAACCCUGGGACUCACAUACCACAUUGGUGGUGGAAAGAACGGCGCCAACUUGGUGCAUUAUGUUCUGGAAAUAUCCGAGGGUUAUGCCAAUCCUGAUGGUGCCAAAGAGCGCAUGGUAUAUCUGCUCAAUGGAAAAUUCCCCGCCGACCCGUUAACCAUUGACGAGGGCGAUGAGGUCGAGUUCGUCGUCAUUAACAACACCACCGAGACUUUGACGAUGCAUUUCCAUGGUAUCGAGCAAAAAGGUACACCUUGGUCGGAUGGCGUACCUGGUGUUACUCAACCUAUCAUUCAGCCAGGCAACAACUUCACGCACUGUUGGAACGCGACGCAACAUGGUUUCUACUUUAUUCAUUCACAUUCUAAAUCUCAACAGGACGACGGUAUGGCCAUGACCCUGUAUAUCCGCCCCGACCGUAAACGGGAGCGACCAUUCAGGCAGAUAUCUGAAGACCCAUUGGAUCUGUUCCAGAUGUAUGCGGCUGAGCACCACGCCGAGUCGAUUAUGAUAAUGGACUGGCGUCAUUUCCCCGAAUACGAGAUCGGCGAAAUAUGGAAAGAGGCAAACAUUGAACCUCUAUGUGUUCAAUCCAUCCUGAUCAAUGGCAAAGGCUCAUCUGUCUGUCCUUCUGCAGAUGAGCUAGCGGCUAUCGGAACCGCCAGAGGAAAUGGCGAUCUGACAGCUCAGGGUUGUCUCUAUCUCAACAACAGUAUUACCAAUCCUCCAGCAGAAGGCUUCGCAUUCGAAGCGAAUGCAGCCCUUGUGCCUGACGAGCUGUGGUUGACAUGCGCCUCUGAAGGUGUCGAUAAUCCGUUGUACACCCUCAACGUGGACAACCACAACACUUCCUGGGUGAUGCUGAAUUUAGUAAACAACGGUGGUCUCUGGGAGGAAGUCUUUUCCAUUGAUGAGCAUCCAAUGUAUAUCAUUGCUGUCGAGGGUGAAUACGUGAAUACUACAACUCCCGUCUCAGCUGUCUCUCUCCAUUCCGGUGUCCGAGUUCAAGCCCUGGUCAAACUUACUGGUACACCAGGAGAAGCGUAUACCAUCCGUGUUGCUGCAAAUGUCGCUCCACAGGUAAAAACCGGAUAUGGAAUCCUCCAGUAUGCCUCGCCCGACCCUUCUGCUACUCCAACGUUGGUAAAGCCGGCCGCCGGGUACCCAGCUCUUCCCACUUCCACUGCAUACAUCGAUUACUCGAGUGCAGCUUUGACUACUGCUACUGGUGCCGAGUGUAACGCCACCAUAUUCGACUAUACCAGUGACCAAGCUGCACCUUACGUCGCUGAUCCCCCUCCGAGUAAUGACCAAGUGGCGCAUACGUUCUUCCUCAACAUGAAGAGGCCUAAUGCAACAAUUUGGACGGCCAACGGGACUGGUCUGCAGACUGGCGUGUAUGAGAAUGGCGACCCGCUGAUCUGGGAUUCCGUGUGGAGGGGUGUCCUCGAGGCAGCGACUGAGAACGUUGGUCCUUACGCUGGAUCUUCAUUGGUCCUAGCAGACAGUGUUUACGUCGUUCCGGAGGUGGGAAGUGUUGUCGACUUGAUAUUCAUUGUCCAUGGAGCAAAUCCAGCACAUCCCAUCCACAAGCAUUUCAACAGGUUUUGGGUCAUGGGUCAUGGAACUGGCAGCUUCAACUGGACAACUGUGGCCGAGGCAGCUGAAGCAAUUCCAGAGCAUUUCAACUUUGUUAACCCUCCGAAGAGAGAUGGAUAUAAUACCAUACCGUCGACUCCAGAGGGAAGCUGGCUAGCACUCAGAUAUGUUGUGCAAAAUCCAGGCCCUCAGACUGUGCAUUGCCAUAUCUCACAGCACGCUGCUGGAGGAAUGGUUGCUGUGAUUUUACAAGCCAUGGAACAGCUUGAACUGCCAGAGAAGUAUGCAAAGCCGUCUUAA